AUGGCCCGUCUGGGCGCCUCGGCGCGAGUCGUCGCCGCCCCUCUGGCCUCGCUGCAGUCGCGCGAGGAGACUCCCGCCCGGGCUGCCGCGGCCCCGGCUGUCGCCAACCGCCCGGCCGUGUCCAUGUGGGCCGUGUCGCGCGCUUACUCGCAGCACUCGCUCGAGGGCAUGCACUCGGCUGGCAUGGCUCGUCGUAACUACUCGACCGCGCCGAGCAGCUCGGCGGCGGCGGUGGCGGCGGCGGCCACCCCUUCCGACGCGCCGGCCUCUGUGAGCGCCGCUGUGUCCGAGGCCGCGGCGGCGGCCCCGCUGGGCUCGGCCAGCCUGCCGGAAUCGCUCGCCGCGGCGAUCGGCGCCGAUGACACUGCCCCUGCGCAUGUGUCGGACUUUGCCAACUACGAUCUGACCAACAAGGCGGAUCUCUACAACUAUGGCCUGGAUGGCUUUUUCCGUGGCUAUUUCUCGGAGUUCCUGAAUGUUCUGCACUUCGACGCCGGGCUCCCCUGGUGGGGUGCCAUCCUUGGUCUGUCGGUGGGCAUUCGUGUUGUGGCCUUCCCCUUCCUGGCGCGCCAGGUGCGCGCCAGUGCUGUCAUGCAGAACAUGAUGCCCCAGAUGUCUGUCAUCCGCAUGGAGAUGGAGGCCGCCCAGCGCAAGGGCGACAAGGCCAAGGCCGCGGAGGCCACGCAGAAGAUCGCAGCCAUGUUCACCGCCAACAAGGUGAACCCCCUGUCCCCGGUGCUGUAUGGUCUGCUGCCGACUCCCUUCUUCGUUGGAACCUUCAUGGCGCUGAACCAGAGCGUCCUCAUGUACUGGACGUCCUCCUCGAUCCUGACCAUCUUCAUGAACAAUGCCCUGCGCCGGAUUGGGUUCCUGCGCCGUAUGUAUGACAUCCCGGAGAUGGUUGUGACCGCCGAGCAGCGGCAGGCGGCCACCGCCAUCCAGACUCACGCGGCCGUGGCCAAGAACAACCCGGCCUUCGCCCAGCAGGAGGAGCAAAUCAGGUCCUCCAUGAAGAACUACGAGCUCCGGCAGAAGGCCGCCCUGAAGCCCAACCACACGCAGGUCAUGUCGUCGACUCGUCCGCGUGUUGCCCCGAAGGCCAACAAGUCGGUCACCGUCAACAAGUGA